AUGACUUUACCCACCGAGUCCGACUCGGCGGUCACCCGCCUGAUCAUCGUCUUUACUUUACUGGCUUCCCUAGCCGGCAUAACUCUGGGAUUCAGAUACUACUGCAAGCACCGCUACGCCAAGCAGCUAGGUGUUGACGACCUCCUUCUGGGUGUCUCCUAUCUCAUCCUCACCGCCGCCGCCAUCUGCACCGCCGUAGCCACCCGCCACGGCUUCGGUCAGCACAUUUGGACCAUCCCUCGUGUCACAGAAGCCAUAACGGCAGCCAGGAUCGUCUUCAUCGGCGGCGCUUUUGUGUUCUUCGGCAUCGCCCUGGCCAAGACGUCCAUCUGCCUGACGCUGUACAACAUUGCCCGAAGAAAAUGGCAGAGAUGGGCACUGGUGUUUGUGGCCGCUUCGGUGCUGCGUGGUCAGCAGUGA